GCUGUAGCAGCAUGGCUGCAGUCACCAUCUUGAGCCCGAAGUCCUGUAGAAGACAUGGAAGAGAUGAGAUUCCAUCAUGAGGGCCUGGCAAAAAGCCAAGCCUUUGAUCCUCGUCUUCAGCUUCCCACCCAAAACUUGCUGCCUCUGAGAUGCUCUUAUUGCCCUUCCAGGGAAAGAACUUCUUUCCCAAUGUUAACAUGUACCAAUAAAACAUCAGAGAGGAAGAAAUAGGAAACUGACUACUGGGCAAAGGGGUGAAGGAAAGAGUUCUAACUGGAGGUCAGAAAGCCUGGAUUCUGACUCACAUUCUGGCACUGACUGCCUCUGUGAUGUGUUUUUGUGUGGCAGGAUGAGAACUGCCAAACCACUAACCCUUUGAUCAAUAUUUAAGGCCAAGAAUCUUUCUAAGAAUGUUGGUCUUAGCCAAGUGAAGAUUCAGCGUGCUAAUGCAAACAUAUGUCAUUGAGCAGAGCUCCUGAGGCUUGGCCCAGGGUGUUUCCUAAGCAGGAUCAGCCAGAGAGGGAGAAGGAGCUUGAGGUCACAUGUAUCAGUUUAAGGAAAUCAAGGGAAUAGGAAGGAAGGGUAGGCCCUAGGUCCUACAGAAUGUGUGCCACCAGCCUGAUAUUAUGCUGUCUUUGAAUUUGCUCCUGUCUCUUGGAUAAGCACAGAUAUAGGAAGAGGUGAAAGCAAGUCCCAGUGGGGCUGGAAAACAAGGGACAAAGACAUAGUCUAUGGGUUAGUGAAACAGGCAGAGGCCAAGACAGAGAAGAGAAAGGGGGCAAAGAGAUCAGAAAAAGAGAAAGCAAAUGACACAUAGGCACUCAAUAAAUAUUUGUUGGAUUUUGGGGUAAAUUGAUGAAUGAACAGAGUCUGAAAUUGAGGAAGGAGAAGGGACUAGGAGAAAGGCCAGAAGAAAAGAAAAUUUAGGAAAGAUAAAAGGAGGAAGGUAGAGACAGAACAAAGAUGUGGUGGUGGUGGUAGAGUUAAAAGAACAGAAAUUGAGGGAGAAAAAGAGAUCAAAGGUAGAGGGAAAGGGAGCAGGGUAGAGAUGAAAACAGAUUGAGUUGAGAGAAAGAGAAAAUGAAAAAAGAAAAAGGGGGUGGGGAUAGUGCACACAGGGAUAAAGGCAGAGACAGACAGACCAAGGGACACGAAAGGGACAUGAGGAGCGAUCAACGAGUCUAGAGGAUUAUACAAAGAUUCACAAAAGUGAGAGCAGGAGUGGAGAGGAUCCAGCAGGGGUAGAGGGUCAGUCAGACACAAAGAUAAAAAAAUGCUGCCAGAAAUUGCAAAAGGCUAAGUGAGUUUAGGGAAGAGAAUCAUGGCCCUAAUUGAGGGAGAUGAGAGAGAGACCAAGGGACAGAGAGAAGAGAGUAGAGAAAAUGACAAGAUCAAAGGAUAGAGACAGAGAGGUGACUAAAGUAGGGGGAUGAGAGUUAAGAGGGGUGAGAGCUGAGAGACACCAAGAGAAAGACAGCUAGAGAGAGCAAGAAGGAGAGACAGAUGUAAAGAAAAAGGGCAAAUUGGAAAGACAGAGUCAAAAAGUGAGACAAGAUAAGGGACAGUACAAUGGGAGAGACAUGGGAGAAUGUGAGAAGACUAAAGCCCUGACACUGUGAAGAAAGUUACUGAGUAGAAUCUACUAGCACCCUCAGCCUUAUGUUCUGAGGGACAGGUCAGCUCAUGGCCCUGCCCUCAUAUGGCAACCUCCUUCAUCUCCCUCCCUUCCUGAUCUCAUAGAACAAGCACCCUCCCCCUACCUCACAAAACAACCUCUUUUUCUUGUUCCAUUCCAGAGCAACCUCUCCCCCUCUCAUGGGCUGUCACAGCAGCCUGGGUUGGUAUGUGGGGCCAAGGCAUGUGGGCCCUGAAAUUGGAAAAGACAGAAGGGUUGUUGGAGGGACUACAUGAAACAAUCCAAGUUAAGCCUUUAGGGUGGUGUUUGGCACAUAGUAAAUCUUCAAUAAAUAUUAGCUUUUCUUAUUAAAAUUCCAGCUCUCCAAUUUCACUGUUGGAUGUUCUUGUACAAAUCACUUCCCCUCUCUGGAUCUUGGCCUUCAUCAGCUGUCAAACAUGAGGUAAUUAUGGCCACUUCACGUGGUAGGUAAGGAAUUGGAUCCAGUGCCUACCUCAUAUCUGGAGAUAUGUGUUUCCCUUCCCCUGCCUGCUUGUGAAAGCUAAAGCACUUGGGGCUGAGCCUGCAGACCACAGAUAAAGUUGCCAGAGUUUAUCGCCAUUGGGGUCUGACCACUCCCCAAGCUGAGACCAGGGCGUGGGAGAGAAGAGGCACCCCUUCCUGGAAUCACGUCUGAGCAUCUGGCUAGAGCUGGCCCUGGCUGUUGGUGGUAAGAAGUGGAUGGCCCAGAAGUGCAGGUAAGGCAGAUGACAAGGCUCCAGGCUCCUGUAAACUCCCCCAACAUCAAUACUGGCAACAAUAAUGCCAACAACAUUGGGGUAUGUAGUGGGAAGGAAAGCCCCCAAUAUUGGAGGCAAAGUCCAGUCCUGCCUUGGAAUGGUGGAGAAGACCUACCUCCUGUAUAUAAAAACAGAAGAAAUUAAACACACAUCAUUACUAGGGGGCUUUUGGCCAUGAUAUUCUCAGGGUCCUGGGAAAAUAUAGACCACUUCUUGGAAUUUGUUGAAUUCUCAAGUUCUUUCAAGCUCCUGUUCUCAUUUCUCUUGUUCUGUUACUCCUUUCCUGAAAUUUGCUCUGCCUCACUCUGCCUGGCCGUCAUUAUACCCAUGACCUUGUAGUCUAGUUACCAUGGGCUCUGUUUCUAUUUCAUCUCAUUACCUACCAAGAGACUAGAGUGAAUAAAAUUGAAUCAAGGAAGCAUUUUAGUCAAUUUAGGGUAUAAAGAGCAUAGGCUCUAGAGCCAAACUACUUGGGUUUGAAUCCUGGCUCCACCACUCACUAGCUUUGGGACCUUAGAAAAGUCACUUCCCUGCUGUACAUCUUAUAUCUGGAAAAUGUUGGUAAUAACAAGGACAAUCUGCAUCACAGGAAUGUUGUGAAGAUUCAGUAAGAUAAUCCAUAUAAAGCAUUUAGCAGAGUACCUAUCCCAGAGUAAACAGUAAAAAAGUGUUAGCUAUUAUAUUUAAUGGAUAGACUUUAUUAUUUUUAUUUUCUCCAUUUCCCAUGUAGAAAAAAUGAAGGUACAGCCAAGGGAAGUCAUAUGAAUAUACCAGGCUGGGUUUGGGAAGCUAGAGAAUUGAUUCUUGUCCCAAUACUGUUACAAUUUAUAGUGUGAACUUGGGCUCUGUAAUUCCCCUCUCUUGGCUUCGGUUUCUCCACUGACAUUGGACUAGAUAAUUUCAUAGAUUCCGCCUAGUUCUGAUAGUCAAACACUUACAGAGCCCUGUGUGCCAGGCCGUGUUCUUAUGUCAACCCUGUGAUGAUAGGGAAACUGAAUCCCAAAAAGAUUAAGUAACCUGUCUAGAUCAGAAAGCUAGUACAUAGGAGAAGCAGGAUUUGAACCUAGGCAAUCUGUUUCCAGAGAUUCCUAACUUAACCACUAUGGAUCUGUGAUUCAACUAUUACUACCUUUUUUUCUUGACUGAGGGCCUGACUCUAGACAUUUAUCUCCUCUGCUGCACUAACAUAGGCCUCUUUCCAGGUCAUAUGCCAUUUGUCACCAAUGCCUUACCAAAGGAACAGAUCUGUAACUACAGUGGAAUUUCAGUGGGAAAUAUGAGUGAGCAUGUAAGAACAAGAUCCCAAUCCUCAGAAAGAGGAAAUGACGAAGAGUCUUCCCAGCCAGUUGGAUCUGUGAUUGAGCCCACUGAGGAAAAACGUCAAGAAGAGGAACCACCAACUGAUAAUCAGGGUGUUGCACCUAGUGGGGAGAUCGAAAAUGAAGGAGCACCUGCUGUUCAAGGACCUGACAUGGAAGCUUUUCAACAGGAACUGGCUCUGCUUAAGAUAGAGGAUGAGCCUGGAGAUGGUCCUGAUGUCAGGGAGGGGACUCUGCCCACUUUUGAUCCCACUAAAGUGCUGGAAGCAGGGCCUGACAUGAAAGCUUUUCAACAGGAACUGGCUCUGCUUAAGAUAGCAGAUGAGACUGGAGAUGGUCCUGUUGUCAGGGAGGGGACUCUGCCCACUUUUGAUCUCACUAAAGUGCUGGAAGCAGGUGAUGCACAACUGUAGAUUUCAACCAAGACAAAUGAAGACUGAAACCAAGAAUGUUAUUCUUAAUCUGGAAAUUUGACUGAUAACAUUCUCUUAAUAAAGUUUUACAGUUUUCUGCAAAGAA